UCUUCCUUCCUUAUUUCUCUCUGGCAUUCAUUAAUUUCCAUUUCAAAGCUUGAGAGAUAUAUAUAGUGUUUAAAUUAAGUAGAAGAUAAAUUUAUGGACAAGUUCAACUUCGUAAAAGAUGGGGCCAUAAAAUUGCCUCCAGGUUUUCGAUUUCAGCCAACAGAAGAAGAGAUUGUGUUUCAAUACUUGAUUCGCAAAACAUUUUCUUGCCCCUUACCUGCUUCUAUCAUUCCUGAAAUCAAUAUUUGCAAGCACGACCCCUGGGAUUUGCCUGGUGAUAUAGAGCAAGAUAGAUAUUUCUUCAGCAACAAGGAAGCUAAAUAUAGGAAUGGUAAUCGCUCCAACAGGGCAACUUUAGGUGGCUAUUGGAAACCAACUGGUUUAGACAAACAAAUUACAUGCUCAAAAAGAAAGCCAAUUCUUGGGAUGAAGAAAACUCUGGUUUUCUACAAAGGAAAGAGUUCUCAUGCUUCUAGAACUGAUUGGAUUAUGCAUGAAUAUCGCCUUGUUCUCCCCAAAAAUCAACCCUUCAAUUUCCACCAUUUCAAGAAAUCCUCUCAGAGUUCUAUGGUUCAAAUUGGAAAUUGGGUACUUUGUCAUAUAUUCAUGAAAAAGAGAAAUGGAAAAUGUGAUAAAAAAGAAUACAAGGCUGAUCAUCAACAUGUCCAAAUACCAAAACAAACAUUGUAUUAUGAUUUUAUGAGAGAAGAUUUGAGUGAUAGGGCAAUUUCCUCUUGCUCUUCUUCUUUGAGUAAUGAUGAUUCAAGUGAGGUUUCUUCAAAUCCAAGUGGUCUAGUAGAGCAUGAAGAAGCUAGCAAUCGAGCUCUUUGAUGUACUUUCAUUUUCUGAUUGAUGCAAUAAUAUUUUGUUCUUUUUCCCUUUUUAACACGGGAAAUUAACCGUGUUCCUAGUUACGUACUCUUCACGUGACUCAAACCUGUAACGUGCCAGUUGAUGGUAGAGUUAUUUUAUUUUCUAUCGUAGAAAUAUUCAACAUUGACAAAUGGUUAUUUAUCCACAUGCUUAAUUAAGAGUUAGUAUA